GUUGCAUGUAUACAGUAGCGGCAUAAAGUAUUUGUUUUACUAUUUUGUUUGUUUAUGGUUUAUAUUUUGUCUAAGCUGCUAUGGUGUUUUUCACACAUCGUUCAAACUUCUUUCCAGCAUAUCGCCGUAUUUAUAUCUUUAGUACUAGUGGCCGAAAAUAACAAUUCAGCCCUUGAUCAGGGGUUGAAAAGUAAACAUUUCUGUGUGUAUUUGGACGAAAAGUAGACAAUUCAGCAACAUUUGAAACAGCGACAUGAACGUAAAAAACAGAUCUUUUUGGCACGUUUCCCCAUUAUUUCCCUUUUGUUCGCCUUUAUUUCCCCUUUAUUGUUUGGUUGUAGAUAAUCACUUCCUGCAUCAAGUACAGAAAAAUCUGCCUAUAAUUAAAGACUGUGCCAGAAAAGUGCGGAACUACGCAAUAAAGUGAUCGUGUCAGCUAUGGAAGUAUAGGAAAAGUCCAUAGAACUUAUAAUUCUUUUGGUACUUUAAAUUGAGAUCAUGGAAAGUAACAAUUUAUUUUAUCAUAUAUCAUAUGAUAUACUUCAGUAAGAACAAAGCUGAGUCCCGCAACGUAGAAAAAUGAUCUGCGUAACUUGUCCAAAAUUACGGGUAGUGAACAAUUUCUAUAUAUUAUUAGUGUUACUGUUGUGUAGAUUUUCUUAACGCUUAACUCAUCCCCACGAUACUACUGGUGUAAGGUAGAUUAAACUAACAUCUGUUUUCGGCCCUACAUCUAAACUAAUUGGGUUCGUCAUUUAUUUAUUUUCUCAAGUUUCAUCAGGUCUCCUGUGUUAGUGUCUGAUAAAAUUCCAACGCGGAUUCCGAAAGCUUUAAUGACCUUCAUCAGCUUCCAUUAUUUUUGGUGCAAACGAAUUGUCUGUCUUGACUAAAGUAUGGAUAUACUGCCCAGUAGUUCCCUGUGUUCUGCUUUAUGACUAAAACUUGGCCUUUAAAAACAGGACAUUCAAAGGGUAAAUACAGUGUAAAUGUAAAAGUUGAGAACUGAGAGUUGUUUUACAAGUUGUUUUUUAGUCGAGACAGAAUGUAGGUGGCUUAAUUGUAAAGGUUAUUUAAAAUGACCAUACUUGAUAAGUGGGAUAUUGUUAAUCAACAUGGCUUGUCAUAUAGCAUGUAGUAUAUACUUUGUAAAACAUACACGUCAUUGAGCAACUUGACAUCUACACAACAUUUUUGUCUUAUUUAUUUAGUUUUUGAAUGACAAUUAUGAUCAGACGAAAUAAUCUUGGUCUCUUCCUUUCGAAGAGUUAUUUCAAUUUCGAAGUAUCACUUCUCCAAAAAACUGUUGUUGUUAUACAUGGCGAUGACUUUAUUCAUUUUAUAUUGAAGAACGUAAUUGGUUUUAAAGAUAAUAAUCAUAAUGAGUUCCUUCUUUUCUCAAUGACGGCUUCUAAGUUGAUAAGUCAAGUACAAAUGUGUGACAUUCAACCACUCUUUAUUUUUGAUGGUUGCACUAAAGUUGGAGUAAGUCUUAUUUUUAAAUAUAUUACCUCUUCAAGCGAAACUUUUGUUGCAAAUAUUUACGUAUCACUCUCUGUAUUAUCUUUAUUUGGACUAGUCCGCUAACCCCUGUCAGCCCAUCAUUUAGAACAGCUACAUGAUGCUAAUUUAUUUAUAACUUCAAUCUCAAAGUCUUCACUCUUUCAAGACUACAGCUCUCAAACAUUCUCUUUUUCAAUCAACGGUUUGGAAGGUUUCUGGCUUACUGUCUUCCGGCUAUAUAAAUUUAUCUACCGACAUCUUGUUCACGUAAAAGAAAACUCGAUAAGUACAGGUAAACAUUCAGAACUGUCAUUAGAGGUUGGCCUACUCCAGUUUUUAAACUAACGACUCUGUCCCUUAAUCUGAAAUCAAGCAAUGUAAACUUGUUACGUAUUCAUAAUGACCGUCAGUAUAUCCAAACUUCACUUGACCCCUUAAUCGUUAGGCUAAAUAUGUUGAAAAACGUAUGUUAUUUUCGAUUCAUUUUAAGAAUCCAUUAGAUCUAAGUACGAAGUUAUCUCGACUGAAAUCAGAAGCUUUGUUCGUAAAGGUGGAACCUUAGAAAGAAAUAAAAAACAUUCUCAACUUGGUGUGAUGAUAUUUACUUACAUGCUGAUACUACCACAUACAGUCAACGUUCUGACUUGAAAUGUACCAAAAUAUACAAGUUCAAAGUGUCACAUUUUAAAACAGCAAAAUAUUCGGAUGAACAACUAGAAUGUGGUUCGAAAAAUCAUACAGACUGAGCCCAAAACCAAUCACGCUACAAUGAUCAGAUGUGGUCCAUAAUCAAUCGUUACAAAUCAUCAUUUGUGGAUGUGUUGUCGUUCUUUCAAAUAAAAUACAUGACAUCACUGUAUUCAGCUCAGUCUGAUGCUGCUUCAUUAUCCAUAUAUUUACAUUGUCCGUUUAUAGCAUCCAGUUAUGAUAUUUACUACAUGUUUCCUGCUCACGCUACUAAAACUGAAGCAAGUAUUAUGCAAGAAUUAAUCUACGUCCCGAUCCAUCUCCUAGAUUUUUUUAGCUGCAAAGAUGGUGCUAUUAUUUUGUCUCAUGUUUUCCACCAAAAGUUUUCUCGUAUUUCGUCAGUUGUACCCCAUUUACGACCUUUAUUAAGUGUACUGUAUGCUGGGCGGUCCGAGGUACGUGCUAAUGUGUGUAAGCAGUUAAAAUAUAGUACGACAGAUUACUCCAACUACCCUAGUCCUCGUUUACAUGAAUGGUUUGUUCUAGUUAACUGGUUGGUAAAAUCAUCCAAUGUAAAUUAUGUUACACUUUAUGAGUAUGUUAUUCAAGCACAUCGUGCUGAAGAACGACAAAGUGUGACUGAGUAUCUUCUGGAUUGUAUUGCGGCUUUUAUGGAUAAUGUUCUAGAAAGUGGACUUGAAAUAGCAUCUCACUUUUGUUUAGUAAACUCCAGUUCCAAUGUACCUAAGGGUAGGCUGAUUGAGAUUAGUGAAGAAACUAAUGCUUCAGUAAGCUUACAACAUAUGGAUCGUCUGACCAAUCAACUCAACGCCAAACAGCCAAUAAAGUUCAAUUUUACUCAUGAUUGGCCUCGUAAUGUGACAGAACUGUAUCGAAAGGUUAAACUUUCUCCAGCUAUUAUUGAUGUUUUACACCACUCCAUUAGAAAACCGUUUCUGUCAGUUCAUGCUUACUCCGUCAAUUUACGCCUACUUGUUUACCGAAUUCUUUACGGAGUAGAGCAUUGUGCGGGUGUAAAACUAAAUCCAAAUAUAACUGAGUACACAUGGGUCGGUGAUGAUAUGUUAACCGAGCUCCCUCUCACAAUUAGUCCUCUUCUUAUGAAUUCAAAUAAAAGUAAUUCAGUGGAUGAAAUAGUAAGCAGUCAGUUGAAUAUCCCUCUUCCACAACACACACCCCAACCUGAUUGGAUUUUUACUUUGGCUGUAACUUUAGCAUUUUGGCAUCAACAACAUAUCAAUAAUACUGACGAAGGCCAUGAACGUCAUUUCGAAAAUUCCCCAAUUGGUUUAGCUAUUGCAACUUGUGUUGUAGUCAAUGUUUUCAAUAUUGAUUUCAUGAGUAGCAAUCUACAUGAACAUUACACACGGUGGAUUGACUUCAUCAGAAACGAAAUAUCACUUGCUUCUGAACGUGCUUCGUCAAUAAAUCAGUCUCCAUCAUCUUGUACGAAAUCUGUCACGGAACAAAACUUAUCAAACCUAAUCGCUGUUCAACAUAUCUACAACGAAUUGCAAACCGUUGUCUCAUUACUAAACUGUUUAGCAGGGGAUGAGAAUAAGUCUAAAUUAUUUAAUUUUCUGCCUUGUUGGGUUUUGUUUCCUUCUUUUCAUCUAGUAGAUUGUCUUUCUCAUCAUUUAGACAAUCAGUUGCCCUCUAUUCGAUUAAUUCAUGUAACAAGUUACUGGAUACCUCGAUUAUAUUGUGCUAAAAGAUCUAACAAUCUGAUAACUGAUCUUAUCAACAUUUUUAAACGCUUGGUUAAUACUGUUACGCUGCUUUCUGCAUCAUCUUUAUUUAAUCUGAAACCUAGUAGUAUGACUAGGAGAAGUGAACAACGUGCUCCUUUAUCAGAAUUCAAUAACACCAUUCCGGUCAAUAAUGUUAACUGUAAUGAUUCGAUGUUUCACAACAUUAAACUGACUUCAGUAUUAUCUGAUGGUAAAAUUAGCAGUGUACUUGGCAAACAUCUGGAUAAACAAGUGAUUGACAGGUUUCUCUGUAAUUUGACUGAGAAACAAAAUGUUGCGUGAUUGUUUCUUUUAACGUGUUUUUAUUUUCCUAUUUUGACUACUUCAUUCACUUUCCAUCCUGCAUAACCUACUUGCAAAUUAUUAGUGCUUGUGAAUAUUUACUGAAAAAUUAACAUCAUUAUGUUUACGAUUGAUGUAUCCAUUACAUAUAAAUUUUCCCACUUAUCAGUGAAUUUAUUAAAGAUUAGUGUUACUACGUUAAGGUUGUAAGUAGCUGACGAGAAACCGUGAAAUAUGAUGAAUUCAUGUUAUUCUGCUACAUUGAUUGUUCUUGCUUUAGUCAUAUAAUGUAACAAUCACAAACUAUGAUUAUCAGCGAAGUCGUUUUGUACAAACGUUUACAUUUGAUUCUUAAUUUCUCCAAAUAUUAGUUUUCUUAUUGUUACUUAUUUGGCAAAAUGAAACUAAUUUUGUAUUUUCUUCCCAUAAUUUUAAAUAACUCGAAAUAUCACUAGUUUUUCUG